AGACACACUGGGGUCUAUCUGCAGGAGAGACACGCCAUUGGCCGCCGAGGGCCCCAUAAGGGAGGAGCGAGCGGGAUGUUUGGUUUCCAGCUGCCAGUCAUUUCACUUCCAGCAGGCCUAUUUUCCCGCAGCUCACCUGUGCAAGGUGAAUGCUGCCGGGAUCGUGGGAACGGGAUAUCCUUGUUGUCUGCAUUGUCAGAAGCUCCUUUGACUGCAGUUGUGCUCAUAACGGCAUUUUUACCCUCAUAUCAAGAUUUGAAAGCCAAAGGGGAAAACAAUCCCUGAUCAUUGUCUCCAUGAUGAAUAACAAGGUUUGAAAGUUUGCCUGGAAGAGACAUAAACAUGGACGACCAGGGAUGUCCGAGAUGUAAAACCACCAAAUACAGAAACCCGUCCCUGAAGCUGAUGGUGAACGUGUGCGGACACACGCUAUGUGAGAACUGCGUGGAGAUGCUGUUCGUGCGCGGCUCGGGAAACUGCGUUCAGUGCGACACGCCCCUGAGGAAGAGCAACUUCCGCGUGCAGCUCUUCGAGGACCCCACCAUCGACAAGGAGGUGGAGAUCCGCAAGAGGGUCCUGAAGAUAUACAACAAGAGAGAUUUCGACUUCCCCAGCCUGAGAGAGUAUAACGAUUACCUGGAGCAGGUGGAGGACAUAGUGUUUAACCUCACAAACAACAUCGAUGUGGAGAACACGAAGCUGAGGAUGGAGCAGUACCAAAGAGAAAACAGAGAUCUCAUCCAGAGAAACAAGGCGAAGCUGACGCGGGAGCAGGAGGAGCUGGAGGAGCUGCUGCUGCAGGAGCAGCAGGGCACCGAGCAGCGCAGGCUGGUGGCGCUGCAGGAGGAGCAGCGGCAGCUCCAGGCCAAGAGGAAGAACAAACAGGCCCUGCUGGACGAGCUGGAGCAGUCUCAGCUUCCCGCCACCCUCUUACUGGCCCAGCACAAAGUCCGAGCUGCGCAGCUGGAGACGCAGAUCGAGCAGCAGAAGCAGGUCGUGAAGCCCACCAGCAUAUUUUCAACUGGCAUCCAAAUGCGUCAGACGGUGUCUCUCCAGCCGGCGCCCAGGUUAGAGGAAGCCCUGUACCACUACAAACCCCUUCGAGUGGAAACCUACGGACCCCCAGUGCCCGAUCUGGAGCAGCUCGGGAGAUUCGGGUAUCUGAACCACGUGCGAGCUGCCAUGCCUCAGGACACCGCUGGAGGAUACACCUCAGCGCUGGCGUGCCACCGCGCCGUCCAGGACGCCUUCAGCGGACUGUUUCCUGCCCGAGGCUGAGCGGACUGCGUGGAUACGCCCGGCUGACUCUGUUUGUGAAGGCGUUUUACCGUUUCUGUAUUUUAUAUGUAAAUAAAUAAAAAAACAGUGUUUGUACAUCCUUUACAGAUUUAUUUAAAAAUGAAACACUUCAUGUUGUGUACUACUCAUU